AUGGCGGACGAAGAAAAAGUUCAUUUUACUUUCGCCGAUGAUUAUGCUCCGUAUUUUUUGUUGAUCUUCUCCCCGAUCUUUGUGAUUAGCUGCCUUUUCGGUAUAGUUUACACUUUCCUAACCACAGAGGUGAGAUAUUUGCCGUUUUUUUCUGUGUAAGGGAAGAAAAGAUACAUUGUUUACAAGUUUAAUACCCUGCUGUCAUUUCGACGCAGCUGAAACUCAAGCCAGGUUCCCUUACAAUCUUCCGGAUCGUGUUGAGUCCUCUCAAGCUGUGGUCAGAGGAUCGACGAGACGAUCAUAUGGAAACAUCUGUGAUGCGAAGAGGGUAGAUCGGGACGACUGCAACGAUUUUUUUGAAAUGACAAGUCGCACAAAUUCAAACUGCUGUAACUUGAAUUUGUGUUUGGUCACGAGGAAAAGCCCUGCUGCGGGAACAAAGAUUUCGCAAAAAUUUUCGUUGUAAGGGGCCAUUUCACUUAAUAUCCAAGGCACCACCCACCACCACCAACACCCCCACAGAAAAUCAUAUCUAUAGAUUGAGGGGGGUGGGGGGGGGGGGCACUGGCAAGUUUUUUCCGAGGGGUCACCGCAUUGACGCCUUUGAUCUUUGAAAUAUUUCUGAGGAAUAUCGGACUGUGUCGGUACUUUUGACCGUAGGGGGUAAAAGGGAGUCAACUUACCUCGUCUGAAGAGGAGAGGGGCAGGGUGAAGUGUGGCUGUAAAAUGGAAUGGCCCUGACCUGUGUUGCUGGCAUUUGUUGCCUGACAAAUACACAUGGAGCAGUUUGUCAGAUCGAGAGAUCUGUGGCAGCAACUUCCCACCCAUUGUUUGAUUUCGAAAUAUGUUAGGCGGGCAGCAAUACAUGAAUGUACAAACAACUCUUAAGGGACACCUCUAUAAGAUGAACACUACCUCUGUAAAACAGACACCUAGAAUUGAUCCCUGCCUUUCUUUACCCCCUUUAUUGGACUCUCUCUAACAUGGACAUCUCUCUAAGACGGAAACUUUGUGCUGGUCCCAUAGGUGUCUGUCUUAGAGGGAGUUGACAGUAAUGCAGUGUAAUAUAAAACAGUGUCCUUGUGAAGAGAGUAGACAUUCAUAUGCGUCUUUAAUUUUACAGGAUUUUCCAGAGUCAUGUCUGAACCAGUAUUCACCAUGCUACUUUGGUCUCCUUGUUCCAACUUUUAUACCAGUCUUGGUUGUUUUUAUGUAUUUCAACUGGAUGGGGCUGAAGUUUUUUAUUCACAACUAACCAAGAGAAGAAAGAGAUAGAAAUGAUUAUCAGUGACACUGAAGAAAGCGAUGAUAAUGAUGAUGAUGAUGAUGGUGAUUGAUGAUGGUGAU